CAUAAAUUAUUUCUUGAAAAGACGGGAAAUUUGCUUUGUUAUAAUCAGCAUUUCGUUAGUUUAUUGAAUCAUUUGAAAACCGAUUUGUAAAUCAGGAAUCGGUACUAUGGGAAUUAAAGGACUAUCGCAGUUAAUUGCCGAUGUGGCUCCGUUUGCUGUAAAAGAAGGAGAGAUCAAAAACUUUUUCGGUAGAAAAGUUGCUAUCGAUGCCUCUAUGUGUCUGUAUCAGUUCCUGAUCGCCGUCCGAGCAGAAGGAGCUCAACUAACAUCGGUGGACGGAGAAACAACGUCUCAUUUAAUGGGAACUUUUUAUCGUACCAUUCGUCUGCUGGAAAACGGUAUCAAACCUGUCUAUGUUUUUGACGGAAAACCCCCAGAGCUAAAGUCAGGUGAAUUAAGCAAACGUGCGGAGAAACGUGAAGAAGCUCAAAAAGCACUAGACAAAGCUACCGAGGCGGGAGCAACUGAAGAUAUCGACAAAUUCAACAGACGUCUAGUGAAAGUAACGAAACAACACUCGAAUGAAGCCAAGGAGCUGCUCAAAUUAAUGGGAGUGCCUUUCGUAGAUGCUCCAUGUGAAGCAGAGGCACAAUGUGCCGCGUUGGUCAAAGGCGGAAAAGUUUAUGCAACGGCAACUGAAGACAUGGACGCGCUCACGUUCGGUUCUAGUGUCCUGCUCAGGCACCUGACGUUCAGUGAGGCACGCAAGAUGCCCGUACAAGAAUUUAAUUAUGAAAAGCUUCUGAAAGGGUUCGAGUUGAAUCAGGACGAAUUCAUCGACUUAUGUAUUUUGCUCGGAUGUGACUAUUGUGACAGCAUUCGUGGCAUCGGACCGAAAAAAGCUAUUGAAUUAAUUAAUAAGCAUCGAUCAAUUGAAAAAAUUAUUGAAAAUAUCGACACCAAAAAGUAUAUCGUACCGGAAAACUGGAACUACAAGCAAGCUCGACAGCUCUUCAAAGAACCAGACGUUACCAGCGCUGAGGAAGUAGAAUUGAAAUGGGGCGAACCGGACGAAGAAGGUCUAGUUAAGUUCUUGUGCGGUGAUCGUCAAUUCAACGAAGACCGCAUUCGUGCGGGAGCCAAGAAAAUCCUGAAAACAAAAUCAACAGCAACUCAAGGUCGCCUCGAUUCCUUCUUUAAAGUUCUUCCUUCGACCCCCGCCCAAAAACGAAAGCCGGAUGAAAAGAAGACCCCGGCAUCGAAAAAAGCCAAAACUACUGGAGGAAAACCGGGCCGGAAGCCAAAGUAGAACGUAGGAAUAACUCCAGUUUAUUAGGUAUAUGUAAUAUGUAUUGUUCAAUUUAAAUUUUUCUUCAAUAAACGGUAAUCGAUUG